AUGACAGUUUUGUAUCGCAUCUCGCCGUUCCACCCGCUAGCCGCCUUCCCUGGACCAUUGAUCAACAAAGUGACGGCUCUCAAGCUUGCCCAAGUCGUCUGGUCUGGGAAACGGCACUUGAUGCUCAAGAACUGGCACGAACAAUAUGGCACUUUCGUGCGUACGGGGCCUAGCACGCUGUCGAUCAAUGCGUCUAGUGCAGUGAUGCCGCUGUAUGCCUCGCCACAUAGUUUGGACAAGAGCGGAGCGUACCGACCUGGAAGGUUUCACUCUGGAGGUCUCUUCUUCAUACGCGACCGCGAGGACCAUAACAAACGGCGCAGGAUCUGGGCUCCCGCAUUCUCUGCCUCGUCCGUGGAAAACAUGCUCAACGUUGUGAGCAAGCGAACGCUACAGAUGUUGCAGUGCAUGGAGGAUCGGCGUACCAAGGAAGGUCUGAUCGAUAUGACCGAACUUCUGGGUCAUUGGGCUUACGAUCUGAUGGCAGAUGUUACAUUUGGGAAGGCAUCCAGAACGGAACUCAUGGAAGAUGGUGAUCCGCAUGGCGUGGUAGAAAGCGCACAAAAUGCCACAGUCGUCUUCGAGAUCCUCGGAGAGGCGCCACCGCUCUUUGACGUUCUAUGGUACCUCCCGGUCACGAAGGAAGUGCAUGCUCUGGACAGAAUCUCCAGGAACAUUAUGGUCGAACGUAAGAAUGCGCCCGGUCAAGAAGAUAUCUCUGCUCACUUGCUCGGCGAACAGGGUGGCGAACGCCUCAGUGACAUCGAACUUGAUCUUGAUGCCACUUUCGCCAUCGUCGCUGGAUCCGAUACGAUCGCUGGUAGCUUCACUCUGCUAAUGUUCUAUCUACUCAGAGACCAGGAGACCUACGCCAAGCUACGUGCGGAACUCGACCAGCAGUUCUCCUUGCCUGAAGAGGCUAAUGACUGGAAGAAACUGAUGGACCUUCCGUACUUGUUCGGCGUCGUACACGAAGGCUUGCGUCUAGGCACGCCUUUCCCGGGUCUGCCACGCGUGGUGGCGAAAGGCGGAAUGAUGAUCGAGGGCAAGUACAUUCCCGAGGACACGGUCGUUGGGGUACCGGCAUACGUUCAACAGACUAGCCCAGAAAAUUUCUACCCAAAUCCUAUGGAGUUCCGCCCCGAGAGAUGGGCACCAGAGGGCGAUGGCCUGGGUCCGUCGACAGUCACCAAUAAGCACGCGAUCAUGUGCUUCUCGUUCGGCCCGUUCAGCUGCUUGGGCAGGGCAUUUGCCGUCCGCGAAUUCCACUUGGUCGUCGCGAAGCUUGUGCUUGCAUUUGACAUGCGCCUUGCCCCUGGUUUCGACGAGGAGAAAUGGCUGGAUGGGUGCCUCAACAUGCGAACGACUGUGUUCAAGCAUCCACUCAUGAUUACAGCGACCGCUAGACACUAAGAGGUGCACGCACCUUGCAGGAAUACAAACGGUACAUGGCUUCUUGAUCCGUAGAUAGUUGAUUGUACGAUAUCCGUCGACUGGAGAGGGUGGCAUCAGUGCUACAAGUCAGUCUAGAUGUCUAGAGAGCGAGGGCUCCUGGGGGGGUCUCUUUGUAUAUUUACCGAACGGUGCAUCCUGACACAAAAUCGAUC